AUGUCUUCGAGGUGCCGCGCAUGGUCGCCCGAGAAGAAGGUCUGGUGCUGCCAGAACGAGCACAAGGGCUGCCAGAAUCCGGACACGCCUCCGGACUGCGAUGCUGGCGCCGGCAUGGUCUGGAAGAAGGUCUUCGUCUCGAACCACUGGACGUGGCAGGCCGUAGCUGCUGUGGGCGGUUCGGUCGUGAGCAAGCCCUAUGACUGCCACGCCGGCUUGCGCAAUUGGGGCACGGGAUGGUCGACACCGAAGAAGACGUGGUGCUGUUCCCACGAGAAGGUGGGCUGCCCUGGCUACCACUACGCCGGCGCUGGGGGCGGUGGAAAAACCGUGGUCACGACGCACACCGUGGUUACAGGCGGCGGAGGUGGCAGCUUCGGCGGUGCAUAUUCAUUCCACGGCCAUCCUCCCUCCGCAGCUGGUUCCGGCAUGAUGUGGCACUGGUCCUCGUCUGGCGGCUCGGGCCACUGGGUCCAGGUCCACACGCAUGGCAACCUGCAGUUCGACUGCUUCGCGGGCGUCACGGCGGGAUGGUCUGGCGGGAAGAAGCACUUCUGCUGCCUGCACUUUGACAAGGGCUGCUGA